UUCGAAGUUCCAAUCCAUCGUCCUCCCAACCGCCCACCCCGGCCUGCUGCCCUCUCCCACCUAUCCGCUACCUGCGUAAGGUACCUCAGCUACGGUACUUACCUCACCCUCUUUCUCUUUCGGCCCUAGAUCCUCGUGCCUGGUUCGCCUCUGUGAGACGGGAGGUGAUGCCCGACUGUUGGACGUGGACAUGGACUGCCAACUCGGAUUUAGCUGAUACCUACCGUGAUUUCUGCCUAUAUACGACACAAAAUCUACACGCACUCCAUACUCCAUACGUUACCUUACGCCUGUCUCACUAGCUGCGGGACGGAUACCCUCUUUACCUAUCCCUUUUCAUUCUUUCUUUCUUUUUUAUUGCUGCCCCCUCGCCUGCUAGCCCUACCUCAUUUGGUUCUUUGGAAAGCGGUGGCAUCCGAACUAUUGCUGAAGUAGCCACUCACCGUCCUCACCUUGAGGAGCGUGUCCGGUUGAUAUCCUCAUACCCCCGGGUGCGCCAGCAGGGCCACGUGAGUAGGAGAGUCAAGAUCUAACCCUCGGGUCUGCCUUCUCAUCAUCUCCCCGUGGACAGCGUGAACUUUCGCCUUUCCAUAAUCACAGCGAAGAGACCGUCAGGGACACUGUAAAGACGGAGACACCUCCGACCAACAAAUACGAAAAAGUGUGCCAGAACAGGGAGCCCUCGACUCAGCUCUCUCUCGGUCUCUUGCUUCAGGCCCUUUUUGGGUCACACUAAAGACCUGCCUAUAGUAAGAUCUGGAGUUAACAAAAAGCCGCAAGUGGGAGCUACAUUCGACAGCUAAUACCUGAGAUUGGGUUGAGAGUUGGUGGUUGUUGAUACGCAAGAGAGAGCUUGGACGUCCGAUCCACUACCAUACGUGCCAAACCACGACGGAAGGGGGAAAAUACCAAAACAGCGGCUGAUCACCUGCUCCCAAAUCCGACCUGGCAGGCCCAAGACAACAAGCAUAACCCUCCAUCCGAGAGUCUGCUUUUCGAGGCAAGAGGUUCUAGAUCCGAGCUCCCACAUCCCAGUUCCCAGCUCAGUCUUGCUCCACCUCUACUCCCAGCUACCAUUCCUCGUUUGGAUUCAACAAGGGAGCCAAAACAGCAAAGCACACAUCAGACCAAGAAACACGUACAUACCUCAUAACUCCAUAUCUCCGCUACCCUCUUCGGCUCCCGCACAGGCUCCACGUCUUCAGCCUUCACCAGCCCAGAACUCUAACGAAUUUGCGCCGCUUCCAUUCCAUGGCCCCAGUCUUGAGUUUGUCAACCUAUUGCAUGAGCUUCUCUUGUGCCCAUCCGUCACCCAACGCCCACGGCCGCGCUCAGCGACAGACUUGGUACCAAAGGCGAUCUCGGCUACAAUUCCCGUCUGUCCUUCGCGCAAGGCAGUAAGGUUUGGUGCGGCCCGCCUCUGUGCCAUAAGCACCGCUUUGAGUUAGCGGGGACACUCCUCUUCCUCACCGACCCCCUUCAUGACUCUGCAAGAUACGACCAAGUUCCGAACUUCCGCUGAAGACGUUACAAACCCGUGUACAGACCUCCCCAAAGCUUCUGCCUUUGGCAUCACGACGACGGUUUCCGGAGAUUCCUCUCAAUUGUUGACCAACCUCUCUCCGGCUUCUGGUCGCUCGGUUCCGGUCACUCAUCUCAACCAUCUCCAGGCAAAGGACCGGACGAAAACUCACCAACUCUCAGACCAAACUGCUGGAACCCAGGACGGAAGACCCCCAGGCGUCUGGGCGCCGAAUAGCGGACGGUAUGGUCCAAUAGCCGACAAGGCGCCUCACGAACAUCUUGGUGCUCUCUCGAUUCCGCCUAUCUCGGGGCACUCUGGCCACCCGCAGCCGUUAGCAACACCACCCUUCGAAGUUGGACCAGGAGGCGCGCAGCUUACACUAGGAAAAAGGAUCACCGCCGAGGACAAAUCAGAGUUGCGAUCGUUCGAUUCCCCCUCGAAAAAAACGCUUUUAGUGGCACACGGCGGUCUUCACCUACCACCACCCUUACCACAUACCCCCGGCGAACUCGUUUCCUACUUGCCCGGAGUCUCGUCUCCUCUGUUCUUCUCACACCGAGCCAGACAACAACCCCCGACUCCCCGCAUGCCCGGCUUCUUCGCAAACGGCAUUGCCGCUCCCAUCAUGAGUAUUGUUCAAGAAACGCAAGAUGGAGUUACUACCCUGCGCCUGCCGAAGGGUCAUGUCAUCGCCACCACGGCGCAGGGUUCAAACAGGUCUUCAAGCACUCCUGGAAGCUGGACUUCAUCAGAAUCCCUAGAUGGCACGAUGCGUAGUCUGGAUGGCAGGCCUCUCGCAAUAGUCGCGCCGGCGCUCCAGGCGAUACCUGCCACUGAACUCUUGGACCAAGACCCCAGGCCGGUAUUUAUCGUCGACCUUGCAAACCCUUUCAAUGUCAGCUCGGGCUUGUUGCACAUUGUGUAUGCUAACCCUUCCCUCAAAGCCUCAACUAGUGUUUUGGAACUCCUCAAUGGGGACACGGCAGAUGCAGAAGCAGAUAGUUUCGAUUUCGCCCAUUUCAAGCAUUGGGUGAUGAGUCCCGAGGCAAACACCGAGUCGAUCCGCUUGGCCCCGACAUGCACAACGUUUGGCGGAAUCAAUUGGACGUGUUCGACUCUCCGAAAGCGGUUUCGAGUUGUUACAGGACAUAGCAACACCGUCUCCGUGACACCGACGACGCCGAGCCCCAAAACACAGCUGCCCCCAGUACUGAGCCGGAGUUCACGCGGCUCAAUAUCAGCACGCGAACUUUCGCCUGAGCGUGGAGAUGCUGUGGAUUAUUUCGGCCCGGUGGAGGAAGUCGGCUCACCGCGCCCAAGGUCAUAUUCGGAGCCUAGGAGUCCUUCGAGGACAAUCAUCGACACCUCCCUGGCAGGUCUGAACGAACUGCCCAUGGUUAUCCCCAUGUCGCAGGUUUAUACGACUUUCGAUUGGACGCGAAUUCCCGUCGACGACCCAAAUCUUGGCCCUCAUCACCGCUUCGCUCGCUCUGUGGACUGGGCAUCUACGCCCUUGGGGCCUGUUGAGGAGUGGCCAGCGGAUCUGCGCAUCAUGUCAAAUAUGAUCAUGGGCAGCCCCCAUCCAGCAGCGCUGUAUUGGGGUGAGGAGUUUGUCGCCAUUUACAACGAAGCCUACAUUGCGCUUGCCGGGAAGAAACAUCCGCAGUUGAUGGGCGCCAAGUACAAAGAUGCGUGGGCCGAAAUUUGGGAUGAGAUUGAACCAGUCUUUGAUGCCGCAUGGAAUGACGGUAGCGCGACGAUGAAGCACGAUGACGGGUUGUUCAUAACACGAAAUGGAUUUUUGGAGGAAACCUUUUUCAACUGGGGUAUUAUUCCCUUGGUCGGCGGUGACGGCACGGUUGUCGCACUUUACAACCCAGCCUUUGAAAACACCCGGCGGAAGAUCAACGAGCGGCGGAUGCUGACUCUUCGCGAGGUGGGAGUGAGGACGUCGGAGGCUCGCGACGUGAAAGGCUUCUGGAGUAUGCUUCUGCAGGGUCUAGAGUACAAUGGACUCGAUGUGCCCUUUGCCCUCGUUUAUUCGGUUACGGAGGAUCCCGAAAGCGAGGUUGCGUCUAUCAACUCUGGCAGUGUUACGAAUCCACCCCAGAUCACACUGGAGGGCUCCGUCGGUGUUCCCGAGGGACAUCCCACUGCUGUUCAAUCGAUUGACUUGCGCACUAGCGAUGAGGGUUUUGCGCCAUAUAUGAGAGACUCCAUGGCACAUCCAGGCAACCCCAUUAUUCUUAGCGAAGACGAUGGCAGCUUACCCCACGAGUUGAUCAAAGGUUUUGACUGGAGAGGAUUUGGUGACCCUUGUCGGACGAUUGUUGUCUUUCCCGUCCAUCCUACGACGGCUGGAGAUAUGGUUGUUGGAUUCAUCGUGCUUGGUGUUAACCCCCGACGGCAGUACGACGAGGAUUUUGAGUUAUUUGUCAACCUGCUCUCCCGCCAACUCGCGACAUCUAUGGCGAGUGUCGUGCUAUUUGAGGAGGAAAUCAAGCGAGGUCAGCGGGCUGCACGCUUAGCUGCUCUGGAUAGGCAACAGCUUUCAAUGCAGCUUCAUCUUCGAACACAAGAGGCCGUUGAGAGUGAAUAUCGCUUUGCGCGCAUGGCAGAACUUGGCCCGGUUGGUUUGUUCAUCGCCGACAGUCAUGGACGCAUCAACUACUGUAACGAGAUGUGGUGGAGGAUCUCUGGGCAUGAACGGAGCGCAAGCACUCUCGACGCUUGGAUGCAGAGCAUAAGGGACGAGGAUCGCGAAGGCGUUGUGAAUGUUUGGCAUCACUUGGUCCAGGAGAAGGUGCCGGUGACUUACGAGUUUCGAUUCAAUGGUACGCGGAAAAUUGUCGAUGGUCACACCGUUGAUACAUGGGCUCUGAUGAGCGCGUACCCCGAACGAGACGAAACCGGUGAGCUCAAGAGCAUCUUCGGAUGUAUAACCGAUAUUUCGCAGCAAAAGUGGGCCGAGGACUUCCAGAAACGAAGACGCGAUGAAGCUGUUGAACUCAAACGGCAACAAGAAAACUUCAUCGACAUUACCAGCCACGAGAUGCGAAAUCCUCUCAGUGCCAUUCUUCAGUGCGCCGACGAAAUCGCCUCGGGACUUAACAGGUUUCGACAAGAGAAUCCGGCGUUCCGAGGGCCCGACACUUUGGAGACGCUGGUUGAUAGCUGCCUGGAAGCUGCCAACACCAUUUCCCUCUGCGCCAGCCACCAAAAGCGAAUCGUCGACGACAUCUUGACUCUCUCGAAACUUGACUCGCAGCUCUUGCUUGUGACACCAGUCGAUGUUCAGCCAGUCCAGGUUGUGGAGGAAGUUUUGAAGAUGUUUGAAGCCGAACUCAAUUCCAAUGAUAUCACGGGUCAUUUCCAGAUCGAGCAGUCCUAUCGCAAUCUCGAAAUUGACUGGGUGAAGUUGGACCCAUCACGCCUAAAACAGGUCCUCAUCAACCUGAUGACUAACGCCAUCAAGUUCACCCAAGGUCGACCAACACGGGCAAUUACCAUCAACCUAGGUGCCUCAAAGGAUGUGUCAUCGGCCGGGCUUUCGUAUUUUCCACCGCGGCAUCCAGACCAAGAGGAUCUUACGGACGACGCAGAGUGGGCUACCGGCGAGAAGAUCAACCUGCACUUGGCAGUUUCAGACACCGGACCGGGCUUAGAUGAGAAUGAGAAGAAGAUCCUCUUCCAGCGGUUUUCUCAAACUAGCCCCCGAACACAUGUCCAAUACGGCGGCUCUGGCCUAGGCCUCUUCAUCUGCCGGAUACUAACCGAGCUGCAAGGCGGACAGAUUGGAGUCUAUUCGGAGAAGGGCGAGGGAAGCACGUUUGCUUUCUAUGUCAAGAGUCGUAAAGCGGAGAACCCGCAGCCGGUUCCGACUGUUGUCGACAACUCGAUGUCCAUCCAGCCACUUCAGCAGCGCGUCAGUCCCCAAACACAGGGUCAGAUCAGCCAUCGGUCAUCAUCAUCAGCCGCAUUCUCUCUGCUCGGACACGGCCGAUCACAUGCGCCACCUACUAGAACACAAUCCGCUCCCGUUCUCGCCGAUACCACCCAGACAAGAUCCCUUGACGUCCUCAUUGUCGAAGAUAAUUUGGUGAACCAGAGAGUCUUGCAGCGUCAGUUGCAAUUGUCGGGCAAUAACACGUUCGUGGCCAACCAUGGCGGAGAGGCCUUGGUGGAGUUGCGAAAGUCACGCUUCUGGAAUAAGGAGAUCGCUGCGACGGACGAUGCUGCAUCAGCGCUCCCGAGGAGCAACAAGAAGGCCGUAAACGAUGGCGGAACUGAUGGCUCGCCUGAUGGUGAAGAAAACAGCAACAACAACAUUUCUGUUAUCCUCAUGGAUCUCGAGAUGCCAGUCAUGGACGGAAUGAGUUGCACCCGCGAAAUCCGUCGUCUAGAAAAUGUGGGCGUCAUUACGCGGCAUAUUCCCAUUAUUGCCGUCACUGCGUACGCACGGCCUGAGCAGGUCGAAAGUGCCAGGGCCGCUGGUGUGGAUGACGUGAUUUCCAAACCGUUUAGACUACCCGAGUUGAUACCCAAGAUCGAAGAGUUGGUUCUCAAGUACGAUAGAGAGCCAUAGUGAUGGGCGGAUGGAUUGGGAACUAGGUUGCUGCCGCAAAGCUUCAGUUUGACGGUUCAUUACAUUCAAGCAUCUCCAGCUGCAUUCCAUCGCUACUACAAGCGCAAGGCAAUGGAACUAAAUCAGCGAAGUUCCACGCUCAGUCGUUGUGACGGUUGUUUUUUUUGUCAGACGGGGUAUUCCCAGUACCGCAAAUCUCCGUACCGUCACACGCUUGAACCCAGAUGAUCACGCCUGGGAAAAGUAGCGUACACGACUACUAGGCCAAUGCCCGGGGAUGAAGAUCUCCAAUGGAUAAUCAUACAGAGCACACGAGUACCAAGAGGGGAAGUGCCAGGAAGUCGUUGGAAGGAAAGAGAGGGUGUAAGAAAGCACGCCAGUGUAUGUGUAAUGUGGUUUGGAAGAAGUUGAAUAGUUCGGUAGCAACAAGCAGGACCACCUAGUUGGAAUCGUGUUUUACCGGAUCGUGCUUGCUAAAUACUGUAGUCACGAGCUGGUACUCGCAGAAGGGAGGAACAAUUGAAGACGGGUGGAUGAGUGUGCUUGUGGUAGUCAGAUGCCCUGUGUAGAAAACGGAAAGCAGACGGAAGGAGGCAGUGAACAAAGUAAUUUUGGAUCUUGCAAAAGCAGAAGUGUAUGCUCAGUAUAUAAUAUACCAUACCAUCGGUCGGCAACAGGAAAUAUAUAUUAUCCGCUAAUAGCCCAUCCAAA